GGACUGUGAACACUGUCACUUUCAAAUAACAUCGUGAUGUAUUGACAACGCGGAAACAGUGGAAACUGUCUGGUUUUGCAGCCAAGCUGUAAUCAGCACCACUUCGUCAUUGUGGAUUAUAGUGCUUUCAACAAACGAAGAUGAUGGAAGAUUCUCUUCCUUUAAAGGCAAGUUGGGGUGUUGAAGCCAAGGCGAUGCAGCAGUGUCUCACAGAUAUAUUCACCAGCGUCUACACUACUUGUGACAUCCCGGAAAACGCCAUUUUUGGCCCUUGUGUUUUGAGCCAUACAUCCCUGUAUGACAGCAUUGCUUUCAUUGCUCUGAAAUCUACAGACAAGCGAACUGCACCUUAUAUCUUCAGAGUGGACACGUCGGCCGUGAGCGGGUCCUCGGAGGGCCGAGUGUGGCUGCGUCUGGUCCAGUCGGCCCGGGACGGGGAGGAGCAGAACCUGGAGGCCUACGUGAAGAACGGGCAGCUGUUCUACAGGUCCCUGCGGAGGAUCGGGAAGGACGAGGAGCUGCUGGUGUGGUACGGGAAAGACCUGGUGGCUCUGCUCCUGCUCAGCUCCAGCAGGGCCCACGCCAGAAGCAAAGGGGCGCCCCCUUACGUGUGCCAGGACUGCAACCAGCGCUUCCAGUUUGAAUUCCCGUUUCUGGCUCAUUCGCGGUUCUGCUGCACUAAGGGGCUGUAUCACAUGAACCGUGCGGAUGGGGAGUGUGAAGACAGGCCUGAGUGUGCUGACCCGACUCCCCCUCGCUCCAGUCCUGAGCCCCUCAGACCGGCCCACAGGCGCCCCAGCUCACAGGACGCCAAGCCUGCCACAGACUUCCACAACCUGGCCCGGGAUCUGGAGAACAACAGAGUCCGGCCGCCCAGCAACAGGGAGGCUGAGAUCCGGAGCGGCAGCAAGAGGAAGUACUCUGAGGAGGAGGAGGAGGAGGAGGAGAACAGGAGCAGGAGCUCCUCUAAAUCCCCCGUGUCCAAGGAGGAUUUAGAGCGCCCGGCCCAACAAUGCAGGGAGGUGCUUGGCUCGGGGGAGAACAGACGGGCCUUCCCCCCGCCCGGCCCUGAGCCCGGGGGACAGAAGAGGAGCGCGUUCACAGAGGUCAGGAAGGCUUCAGACGGCCCGCAGCACAGGGACACGGGCAGGCUGAGCGCUCACAGGCCGGUCCUGACGGAGACGCAGCCUCGCUGUGGCCCCGAGGGCCCCGCCCCGGGCAGCGCGUUCAGCUCCGUGCCCCGCCCCAUCGGCAGCCCCGACAGGAAGAGCGCUUUCAGCCAGCCGUGCCUCCCCUCCCACCGGCUGUCCCCGCUGGAGCUCUCCUCCAAACUGCUCCCCUCCGUGCCCUGCCCGGGGAGACUCUACCAGCCCGACCCCCUCCUCUCCAGGCUGCACAGCCAGGACCUGCUGGCCCACGCCGGCCCCAAGCAGAGCCCCUUCCUCUUCACCACGCCGUUCUGGCCCAAGGCCUCCGGGGCGAUGGCCGUGCAGCUGCCCCCGGCGCUGACGCUCCUGCCCCCGUCCUUCACCUCCCUCUGCCUGCCCGCGCAGAACUGGUGCGCCAAGUGCAACGCCUCCUUCCGCAUGACCUCCGACCUGGUGUACCACAUGAGGUCGCACCACAAAAAGGAGUUCGCGGUGGAGCCGCUGGUGAAGAGGAGGAGGGAGGAGAAGCUGAAGUGCCCCAUCUGCAGCGAGGCCUUCAGGGAGAGACACCACCUCUCACGCCACAUGACCUCCCACAACUGAGUCUGAUGUCACGGCAGAUUGUGACGGAACUGGGCAUACGCUACGAAUGCACAUGCUUUCACUGUCUAGAAACACUUUUCAAAAGAUUUCACAUAUUGUAUGCAAAUUAAUUUUUGACAUAAAUAUGUCUAUUUCUCAUAUGAAGCACUUGGUGUCUGGAAAUAAAGGGAAGAUGGUAUAUGUACAGUAAAUGCUAUAUUAAAUGGAAAAUGGAGAAUUACGUUUUUCAUUUUAAAUAUGAAAAUGUUACAGUAUGGACAUUAAACAUUUUUGUCUCUGAUUACACAGGAAGUGCAUGCCAUAUAAUGGAUUUUUAAAUGCAGCAUAUAAUGUAGACUAUAAAUACCUGUUUUUGUUGAAUACAAUAUUGAAUAUUUUGUGUCAGUAAGAAAUUGUUCACUGUUCCUUUUUCUGAAAUUUAUAAUACAUUGCAGUAUAAUGUAUUCAGUGUGUUGAAUGCCUGACAAUAAAACAGCUUUAUU